AUGACAGAGAAGCAACAAAUACCUGAGGUCAUGGAGCUUCUACAAAAAGGUCAUGAGCUGGAAAUGACAAACAGACGCUAUCAGGAGCACAACUCUAACCUCCAGUCAGAGGUAAGUGCGCUUCACUCUGAGCUAAAAGAUAAGAGAGGCAAGGAGACUGAGCUCACACAAAAAGUUCAGUCAUUGCAGAGACUUCAGGACACGGAGAAGAUUGUGAAUGAAAAUCCCACUGCUCAGGUGGACCACCUUGAAUCUCUGACAAAGGAAAAACAAGGAGAGAUUGCCAGUCUGAUGGAAGAGGUGCGUGAGCUUCAGGAAGACAACAAAUUCCUUAGAAAUGAAAUUGAUCGUGUAGUGGAUAAAUUGUCUUCCCUUGAGUCUCUGAAACAGACACAAAACAAGGAGAUUGAAGACAAAAGCAAUCUGAUUGAAAGUCUGACCAACGACAUGUGUGAUUUUCACCAAGACAACAAAGAACUUAGACAGGAUAAUGAAUCCAUGGCCGAUGAGUUGUGUUGCCUUCAAUCUCUGUUAGAGGAACAAAACAAAGAGAUUAGACAGCUGAAGACCACAGUGCGUGACCUUAAGCAUCAUGCAGAGGUGGCUCAGCAAGACCACAGGGAUAAAAAUGAGCUGUUACAGAAGGUAGCCACGUUAGAGCACCUGAAAGAGACAAUGGAGGUGGCAGCAGUCGAGGAUCUGAGCAAGCAGGAUAAGAAGAUUUGUGCCAAGAUGGCCCUGCUUGAAUCUGAAAUAGACCAAAAACAGACAGCGAAUGAAAAACUGUGUGUCAAACUUCUUGAGCAGCAGGAAACUGAGAAAAGACUAACUGAAGAAAAUCAGAGCCUGACUGCUCAGGUGAGCCACCUUGAAUCUCUGACAAAGGAAAAACAAGGAGAGAUUGCCAGUCUGAUGGAAGAGGUGCGUGAGCUUCAGGAAGACAACAAAUUCCUUAGAAAUGAAAAUGAUCGUGUAGUCGAUGAGUUGUCUUCCCUUGAGUCUCUGAAACAGACACAAAACAAGGAGAUUGAAGACAAAAGCAAUCUGAUUGAAAGUCUGACCAACGACAUGCGUGAUUUUCACCAAGACAACAAAGAACUUAGACAGGAUAAUGAAUCCAUGGCCGAUGAGUUGUGUUGCCUUCAAUCUCUGUUAGAGGAACAAAACAAAGAGAUUAGACAGCUGAAGACCACAGUGCGUGACCUUAAGCAUCAUGCAGAGGUGGCUCAGCAAGACCACAGGGAUAAAAAUGAGCUGUUACAGAAGGUAGCCACGUUAGAGCACCUGAAAGAGACAAUGGAGGUGGCAGCAGUCGAGGAUCUGAGCAAGCAGGAUAAGAAGAUUUGUGCCAAGAUGGCCCUGCUUGAAUCUGAAAUAGACCAAAAACAGACAGCGAAUGAAAAACUACUACAUAUGACAGAGAAGCAACAAAUACCUGAGGUCAUGGAGCUUCUACAAAAAGGUCAUGAGCUGGAAAUGACAAACAGACGCUAUCAGGAGCACAACUCUAACCUCCAGUCAGAGGUAAGUGCGCUUCACUCUGAGCUAAAAGAUAAGAGAGGCAAGGAGACUGAGCUCACACAAAAAGUUCAGUCAUUGCAGAGACUUCAGGACACGGAGAAGAUUGUGAAUGAAAAUCCCACUGCUCAGGUGGACCACCUUGAAUCUCUGACAAAGGAAAAACAAGGAGAGAUUGCCAGUCUGAUGGAAGAGGUGCGUGAGCUUCAGGAAGACAACAAAUUCCUUAGAAAUGAAAUUGAUCGUGUAGUGGAUAAAUUGUCUUCCCUUGAGUCUCUGAAACAGACACAAAACAAGGAGAUUGAAGACAAAAGCAAUCUGAUUGAAAGUCUGACCAACGACAUGUGUGAUUUUCACCAAGACAACAAAGAACUUAGACAGGAUAAUGAAUCCAUGGCCGAUGAGUUGUGUUGCCUUCAAUCCCUGUUAGAGGAACAAAACAAAGAGAUUAGACAGCUGAAGACCACAGUGCGUGACCUUAAGCAUCAUGCAGAGGUGGCUCAGCAAGACCACAGGGAUAAAAAUGAGCUGUUACAGAAGGUAGCCAUGUUAGAGCACCUGAAAGAGACAAUGGAGGUGGCAGCAGUCGAGGAUCUGAGCAAGCAGGAUAAGAAGAUUUGUGCCAAGAUGGCCCUGCUUGAAUCUGAAAUAGACCAAAAACAGACAGCGAAUGAAAAACUGUGUGUCAAACUUCUUGAGCAGCAGGAAACUGAGAAAAGACUAACUGAAGAAAAUCAGAGCCUGACUGCUCAGGUGAGCCACCUUGAAUCUCUGACAAAGGAAAAACAAGGAGAGAUUGCCAGUCUGAUGGAAGAGGUGCGUGAGCUUCAGGAAGACAACAAAUUCCUUAGAAAUGAAAAUGAUCGUGUAGUCGAUGAGUUGUCUUCCCUUGAGUCUCUGAAACAGACACAAAACAAGGAGAUUGAAGACAAAAGCAAUCUGAUUGAAAGUCUGACCAACGACAUGUGUGAUUUUCACCAAGACAACAAAGAACUUAGACAGGAUAAUGAAUCCAUGGCCGAUGAGUUGUGUUGCCUUCAAUCUCUGUUAGAGAAACAAAACAAAGAGAUUAGACAGCUGAAGACCACAGUGCGUGACCUUAAGCAUCAUGCAGAGGUGGCUCAGCAAGACCACAGGGAUAAAAAUGAGCUGUUACAGAAGGUAGCCACGUUAGAGCACCUGAAAGAGACAAUGGAGGUGGCAGCAGUCGAGGAUCUGAGCAAGCAGGAUAAGAAGAUUUGUGCCAAGAUGGCCCUGCUUGAAUCUGAAAUAGACCAAAAACAGACAGCGAAUGAAAAACUGUGUGUCAAACUUCUUGAGCAGCAAGAAACUGAGAAAAGACCAGUUGAAACAAAUCAGAAGCAGACUGCUCAGGUGGCUCACCUUCAAGAUGAGGUCGUCCUGGAGAAUCCAGCUGCUCGGGUUCAGACCAGAAGCCUGUGGCGUUGCUCUGCUAAAUUUGCUUUUUGUGUUGGCAUGGCUGUAACUACUGUUGUUGGCAUGGGUGUCAUGGCCAACAUUCUGUGA